CAAAUUUAUUUCACUGGAUUAUACUCCUUAAAUAAUAUCUUCAAACCCAAAUCUUUCCGAUUACUGCUUAUACUUUUACUACCUCUACCAUUACGGGAUUUGAAUCGACAACUGCAUCUCUGUGCUAAUGUGGUGUGGCAACUCGGACUGAUAUACGUACGUACGAAAUUACGUUGUUACUGACUAACUGACGAGGUACAAAUGGGAACUUUUAGGUUCUGUAACAUUUCUGGACAUAUGAGGUUUGCUUCAAGGGGCGCACUUACACAAUUAAUUGGACAUAAUAUCAAGUUCAUUUAAGCUGAAAUGUCAAAAGUGAGUCAAACAAUAAACCAAACUGUUGUGGAAAUUCACUUUUGUCAAACAAGUAUACCAAGUACUCAUUCGUUCAUUUAUUUAUGGAUAAUGCUUGUCACCUGAUUUGCUCAGUACUACCCAUUAAGCUCCUAGGGCGCACGAAUUUCGUAGGUCAUUCUCAAUUGGUUUUUUAAGACUAAAAGUUACAUAUUAUUUCUCUCUUUCCCAUAAUAUUCUUGCAUUUCAGAUAACCCAACAAACUGAACUUCUGACAAAACUACAUUAUCCGUCAUCUGUUUUCUGAUCACGAAACAAAUUUCUGUGUAUAUAAUCAGUCAACAUAAUAGAAAUUAUACCUGUGGCGCCAAAAACAAUUUCCAAUGUGUAUUCCUCAUUACUUGAUUGUCGGUGGUGGCUUGUCCGGUUUAGUUACUUCUUACCUCAUCUCGUUAACCCGACCAUUGGGGAGUUACCGUCUAACAGUUUUGGAAAGUAGCAGUAGGUGGGGUGGUUGGAUUCAAUCAGUUAAAAAUAUGGAUACUGGAUCAAUCUAUGAAAUUGGUCCACAUAGCGCUCGUGCAAAAUCUGCCACAUCAGGUCUUUUGAUGAGAAUAGUGAAAAGUUUGCAUCUCGAAAACUCACUUGUAUGGAUGAGACAGGGUACAGAUGAAGCGAAACGAUUAAUCUAUAUAAAUGGCCAACUGUUGCCACUGUCUGCGUUCAAUUUUUCCACUUUAAAACCAUUCACUAGGUCCAACUGUAGUUUAAUCAUCAAGCGGUUAUUUUCUCGACGCCCACCAUCUCAGUCAGACUGGACUGUUGAUGAAUUCCUUCGCUCUCGUUUUGAUUCCGAAUUCGCUGACUACUUUGGCAGUGCUCUGAUGAGAGGUAUCUUUGCUGGUGAUUCACGAAACCUUAGUGCUCGUGCUUGUUUGCCUACGAUGGUGAAGUCGGAAGAAUAUGGACCGAAUCUUAUUCUCGGGAUUCUACUUUCAUCGAUAAACCGAUCUUUAGAUCGUAUCGUUAUACCAAAUAUGAUUGACGACAAACUCCCGCAACUGAAUAACUUGAUUCCAUCUGAUGCGAUUGCCUGGACUUUAUCAGGUGGAUUGGAGACACUGAUUAACACUAUUGUAGAUCAUUUAAGUAGGAAACAUCCACACAUCGAUUUGAAGUUAAACUCUUCCGUUGAAAAAUUAAAAUCUCUAAAUGGCUGCUUUGAGUAUACAUACAAGGUCAUCGGUAAUAAUGGUAACGACAAAGAAAAAAAUACAGCCGAUAUAGUCUUUUUUUGCUGCCCAUCCUUCAUUACAGCAAGCAUUUUGGAAAACAUACUGACUACUGAAACUCUAAGCUAUCUGAAACCCGACUCUAUUCCAUGGGGAAGUAUUGUCAGCGCUGUCUUAGAAAUAGAUGACUCCUUUACUCCCUUAGUACGUGGGUUUGGGCACUUAGUACCGCGUACGGAAGAUGAACAUAUUUUGGGUGUAAUAUACGAUUCCUUUGCGUUCCCGAAAUUGGAUGGAUUUAAUAAAAAUUUACGAUAUACAGUAAUGAUGAAACCAUUUCGUGAAUGGCUCGAAGCCUCCACAAGUUUAGGUUCCUCGGAACACCUGAAAAACACCAUUGAAGAAGUUGCGAAAACCGUCCUUAUAAACCAUCUUAAAAUACCGGCUCCGGUCAUUGUUGGUCGUCAUAUUAGUAUUCUCCGUAACUGUAUUCCCCAGUAUCCUCCAGGUCAUUUAACUAAUAUGGCUAAUUUGCGCAACGGCAUUCGGCGAAUUUCGAAUGGCCAUAGUUCUGGCCGAAGUGGUAUAUAUCUUGUUGGUAAUUCGUACGAUGGCGUUGGGUUGAACCAUGUUGUCUAUAGCGCUGCAUGUGCAGUCGCAGAAGAGUUCAGUUCAUCUUCAUGAAAAUAGUUUUUUAAAACCACUGUUCACAAACCAACUUAUGUACAAUACUCUGCUUAUUAAUAGCACUAACGUAUGAAGACGUCUGCUAGAAGAUUAUGGAUGUAAAAUAAACCAUAUACAUUUUGAAAAAAACCUGUUUUUGGUUUUUAUAUUAAAGUUACUACAUUUUCAUCCUUUUCUUCAGCACAUAACAGGAUCUUGCAAAUUUGUAGUUUAUCAUUGGAAUGCUUAUCAUAUUGUGCAAAUAUAUCCCCACUAAGUGUUUU